UAAUGUACAAUUAUGAUUAAGGAGAGGAAAGCAGAAAGCCUGAAGAGCAUUUUUUUAAACAAUGUGUUAUUUUUAAAUCCAUCUUUCUUACUCUAUUUUACGAUCUAAUCAAGAAGGAUGUUGUAGGUAAUGUGUGCGACCUGGUCCUGACCCACAAAAAUUAUUUAUGUAUAUAUUAUAUCUCUAUAUGUUUAAUAAACUAAAAACUUAAUCAUCUUAACUUUAAACUAUAGCUGCUAGGCAGAAUUACCCAAAAGAAUGUGGUUAUUGUAAUCAAUUUUACUUUUUAAUCUAUUGAUAUUUGUAGCUUGAACUUUGUUAUUUACCAGUCGCUUACUGUGGGAUUCCUUUGUUGUGUGUUAAUAUAAACUAAAAGGAAAAUAUUGAACAAAGUAAAUCUGCAACCUACAAUCUCAUUUGAGCUUAAUGCAAACAAAAUCACUUUCAUCGCAAUCUGCACACAAACCGUUUGUGUAGUCACAUGCAUGACCUGACUUAAUGCCUGCAUUCUUGCUAAACAAUGAUACCACUCUCAAAAUAAAUAUCCAGCUACAGAAUCAGCAAACAAACUCUUCAUGUGUUCUCAUGCGGUUAUUCAGCACCGUGGGAGAGUUGAUUCAAAUAUCUGAAAUAGAAACAUUUGUGGUGGCAGCUCAGUAAAAAUCGUUAACGGAAGUCUAUGUAAAGGGUUUGGUGUUGCAGCCUGUUUCCAUGAUGGCUUUCAUGUGAACGAGUUGUAAGAAAUGAAACUUGUGAACGCAACAGUCGUAGUCGUCAGACAGACCUGUGUGGUGUCUUCUGUACAUUCACAUUACUGCUGUUCAUCAUGGCUGGACACCUGCUGCUGGCUGUUGUUCUGUGUUCCUUUAAUGUGGUCAAAGCAGGAGCUCGUCCGCCACCUAAACUCACAGUGAAUCCACUGAGGAUCACAGAGACAGAUUUAGUCACAUUAAACUGUGUGACUCCAUCGUCUGUUUCUGUGUCUCGGUGUAAAUUCUUCAUUGCAAUGCAAGAAACAUCCAAAGGUUUGUGUGUGGAGACACUGACAGCAACCAAGCUGCUGGAGAUGACACAUAAGCGUUCACCUGCUGAGGUUGAAGUCAGAUGUUUUUAUAUUGAACAGCUUGACGCAAUUAAUUUUACAUCUCCAGACAGUGAAACAUCCACCAUCAUUAUAAACAACCUUCUUCCACCUAAACUAAAUGUCAAUCCACUGGUGAUCACAGAGACAGACUCAGUCACAUUAGACUGUCAGAUUCCAUCGUCUGUUAAUGUGUCUCAGUGUUACUUUAACAUUGCAAGAAGAAAACCUGCGUUUUCUUGUCUGAAGACACUGACAGGAACUGAACUGCUGUCGUUGGCACAUCAAAGUUCACCUGCUACAGUUGAAGUGACGUGUUUUUACCUGAUGACACAUAAAUCUCCAGACAGUAACGUGAUCCCUGUCUCCAUAGAGACUCCUCGACCUGAACUCAGAGUGAAUCCAGCGUCAGUCACAGAAACAGACUCGGUCACAGUGAACUGUGUGACUCCACCAUCAGUGUCUGUGACUGACUGUUAUUUAUACUUUCUAAGUACAAAAACUCCCAAAGUCGUCUCUUGUCUGCAGACACUGACAGGAAAUGAGCUUCUGUUGAUGUCACAUCAAUCUUCACCUGCUGAGGUUGAAGUGAAAUGUUUCUACACCACAGGACAGUAUCAGUCUCCAUACAGUUACACAUCCUCCAUCAGGGUUGAUGUAAAAUCCACUACAACCCAGAUGACAACUUUCAGGACGACUACAGGUUUGAUUGCCGGUAUAUCAACUGACUCUGUUAGUUUGCUUUCUACUUCUGUGACAUCAGUGAAACCAGCAUCAGGCACAACUUUCACUGCUGCAGGUGGUCUGACCUUUGCUGACACAUCUCCUAUCAAUCCAGCCUCUGAUGAUAAAAUAACAGCGACAUUAUGGGUCACUGGUGCAGCUGUUACUGUGGGAGUCCUCUUGUUCGGAUUUGCACUUCUCUUUAAUAAAGAGAACUGUGGUUCCAAGAGAACAAAAGCGAGCUUCAUUGGUCAGUCAACAGAUGACAUGACAUACAUGGGUGUUGAUGAUGAAACCUACAGUGUCGUCACAUACAAAUACAAAACUGUGACAACAGCUGCACAUCAGACCAGCAUCCAGCUGUUGCAGCUCUGACAGAUUGUUUUCCUCACAUAUUUUCUCAUGAUCAGGUUUACUGGUGUUUGUUAGUUUCUCCAAUAGAAUGGUGAAUUAGUUUUAUUAGAUUUUAGCUGAGGUCUGUCAAGGUCAGAUGAUGACAUGUAUCAAGAGUUGCAUUGCUGUAAAUAAUAAAAACAUUAAUCACA